AUGUCCUUCUUUGACGGUAUUCCGGUGGCUCCACCAAUUGAGGUUUUCCACAAAAACAAGCUCUACUUAGAUGAGACUUCUCCUCAAAAAGUUAAUUUGACUAUUGGAGCGUACCGCACCGAGGAAGGCAAGCCAUGGGUUCUUCCUGUCGUUCACACCACCGAAAUGGAGAUUGCUAGUGACGACUCGCUCAAUCACGAAUAUCUUCCAGUUCUCGGACAUGAAGGAUUCCGAACCGCUGCUACUGCUCUUGUUCUCGGCGAGAACUCUCCAGCAAUUAAGGAAGGACGCUCAUUCGGAGUUCAAUGCCUUUCGGGAACUGGAGCUUUGCGCGCGGGAGCGGAAUUCUUGGCUAAGGUUCUCAACUUGAAGACGGUUUUCGUCAGUAACCCAACAUGGGGCAACCAUAAGCUCGUAUUCAAGAACGCUGGAUUCACUGAACUCCGCGAUUAUACCUACUGGGACUACGAAAACAAGCGUGUCCACAUUGAGAAGUUCGUGGCCGAUUUGGAGGCUGCUCCGGAGAAAUCGGUUGUAAUCCUUCACGGAUGUGCUCACAACCCAACUGGAAUGGAUCCAACCCAUGACCAAUGGAAGCAAAUUGCUGAAGUGAUCAAGAAGCGCAAUUUGUUCACUUUCUUCGACAUUGCUUAUCAAGGAUUCGCUUCUGGCGAUCCGGAUGCUGACGCUUGGGCGGUCCGCUAUUUCGUUGACCAAGGAUUGGAAAUGGUCGUUUCGCAGUCGUUCGCCAAGAACUUUGGACUAUACAAUGAGCGUGUUGGAAACCUCACGAUUGUGAUGAACAACCCAGCAAACCUUGCUGGAUUCGCUUCGCAAAUGUCGUUGGUCAUUCGUGCUAACUGGUCAAACCCACCGGCGUUCGGUGCUAGAAUCGUUCACAAGGUCUUGACUACUCCGGAAAGACGCCAACAAUGGAAUGCGUGCAUCGGCGCGAUGGCUAGCCGCAUUCGCGAUAUGAGAGCUGCUCUUCGCGGAAAGCUUGAGGAGCUUCAGACUCCGGGAACGUGGGAACACAUCACUCAGCAAAUUGGAAUGUUCAGCUACACCGGCUUGAACGUCAACCAGGUCAACCAUCUCAUUGCUAACCACAAAGUAUUCCUUCUUUCUGAUGGACGCAUUAAUAUUUGUGGCCUCAACACUAAGAACGUCGAGUACGUUGCCAAGGCUAUUGAUGAGACUGUCCGCUCGGUCAAAAGCAACAUCUAA